AUGAUUUUCACAGGAAGUGGAAUAAGUGGAUUAGGGAGUGCUUACGUACUUGCAAAUCAAGGAGUUAAAGAAGUUGUGUUGUACGAGAAAGAAGAGUCAUUAGGAGGUCAUGCUAAAACGGUGCGUUUUGAUGGCGUUGACUUGGAUCUUGGUUUCAUGGUCUUUAAUCGUGUUACAUAUCCAAACAUGAUGGAGUUCUUCGAGAACCUUGGAGUAGACAUGGAGGUUUCAGACAUGUCUUUCGCAGUGAGCCUUGACAAUGGCAAAGGUUGUGAAUGGGGAAGCCGCAACGGUGUCUCGGGCUUAUUUGCUCAGAAGAAGAACGUUUUAAAUCCGUAUUUCUGGCAAAUGAUCAGAGAAAUUGUUAGAUUUAAAGAAGACGUUUUAAAAUACAUCGAGGAGCUUGAGGGUAACCCCGAUAUUGAUCGAAAGGAAACCUUAGGAGAAUUCCUCAAUGCUCGCGGAUACUCUGAGUUGUUUCAGAAAGCUUACUUGGUGAGGUUCUUUUCUUUAAUGGAUCAGUCAAAAUGUUACUUGAAGUUUUCUUGGACAAGAA